AUGAGCACGUCGAGGAUGGAGCGGCCAGGUCGGCGGGCUAAGGCCGGCUCGCUGAGCGGGCUGUCGGGCGGGCUGCCGAGCGCUCCGAGCGGCGCGAGCGGGGUCCGUCGCCAGCGCUCCUUGGAGUGGGGCGGCGACAGGUACAGCAGCAGCGACGACGACCGCCCCCCGCAGCCCCCACCCCUCGCCGACAGGGUGUUCGCCUCACUCCUCGCUCAGGCCACACAACAGUUCGACAAUGAGCAGCGUCGCAUCUACGGUUCAGAAGGAGGCGAGGAACUGCCUCGAUACGCCAGCAGUCCCCAACGCCAAUCGUCACCGUUUCCUCACGAGAGUACCAACCGGAGAUUCUAUAGAAGAAACAGAAACUCUAAAGGUGAGGAGAUCUUCAGUGCGGAGACGGGUGGCACGUUGCAGCGUCGUCGACGCGCUGACGAGUUCCCGCACGACAACAACGCGCGCAACGCACGACUUUGCCUCAACAACAAUGGUAAGGGCAACGGUGGUCAAACAAGUGAGCGUGAGUGCGACUCUCCCCCGGAACCCGCACCUCCCGAAGUUCCUCCGAGAGGACCCAGCCUUCACGUCACUCUUCGCCAUCGCCCCUGUGAACAGCCGGCUGAGCCUGACCGACUGUACUUGUCUGAAGGUAGGAAGUUUAUCUUCUUAUCCUUAUUUCUUAAAAGCAGUUACGGAGCGAGAUGGAUUGGCCUUUUCAUAGCAAAGACGGAUAAGGAAAAACAGUAG